AUGGAGGAACAGUGGCAAUUUUGUUCUUGUUGGGCUGCAGUUGAUGGAUGCCAUUUACCAAUCAAAUGCCCACUAGGGAAUUUUUCUUGUAAGGAAUACCACAACUUCAAAAACUUCUAUUCAAUAGUGUUAAUGGCAAUGGUGGACUCCAAUUACAGAUUUGUUUGGGGAACCUGUGGUUUUCCAGGAAAUUCUCAUGACGCUGUAGUAUUUCAGUCAACAAAGUUUUACUCAGAUAUAAAAGAAGGCAACUUUAUUCCUCAAAUAAGUAAGGAUGUCAAUGGAGUACAAGUACCUCCAGUUGUACUUAGGGAUUCUGCUUUUCCUUUAUCCUCUUGGCUUAUGGAGCCAUACACAAAUGCAGUCCCAACACCAAAACAGUACAACUUUAAUUACAGACUGAGUCGGGCAAGGAUGGUCACUGAAGGGGCCUUUGGGCAACUCAAGGGCAGAUGGCGCAUACUGCUGAGGAAAUGUGAAAGUAACACAAGUGAACUAAAAAUAGCAGGCCUUGCAUGUUUGGUACUUCACAACAUUUGUAUUGAUCUUGGAGAUAGGUUGCCAAGAAAAUUGGACUUGACAAUUGAUCCAAUCACCAAUGAUAGAUGCAGUAGGGGGAAGGUAAGGGAACUGCUGCAAAUGAGAGAAUGUGAGAAGAUCAUACACACUUGCUAUCAAGGUUUCCCUGUUCGAGAUGCUCUUGCUGAGAAAUUUUGA